AUGUUUGACUGGGAAAACGACGUCUUCUUAUCAACCUGGGAUAAGAAGUAUGUGUCGACAAAUUUACGACCGGGAAGCAAAGAUUUUGACGCAGAAAGUUUUAAAGAGCUCCAACAAGAUAUUGAUCGCAGUGAUGUAGUUGGCCGAAUCUUUGACCAGGUCACUGCAGAUAUGACGCCUGAAGACAGCAUGGAGACCUUCAAGCGCCUGAGAGAAGCUAUAACGAUCGUUUAUCCUUUCUUGGGAAUGCCAUCCUGUAUUCCAGCCUGUUAUGGAGUCAUCGGAGUGAUUCAGAAAAAGGGUUCCCAAUACGCCUCGGACGAUAGACUUCGAUCCAGCAUCAUUACGCAGGAAGAUAUGGACAAGGGACAAGAGCUUCGACAACGCGUUUACCACGGUGUUGGUAACUCGGAAAUAUUCCAGUUAAUGGACAAGUAUUUUGGUGAUCUUUUUGCCUGCUCUACGGCCAUAACAUGGGGCUACUUGAUCUCGAAGGCGAAUGAACAUGUAUUCACCGAACAAGAAUCACAUCUUAUCGUUGCUUCUGCCAUUAUAGCACUUGGUGCAGCGCGGCAAGCGAGGAGCCAUAUCAAAGCGACCAUCGGACUUGGCAACGAUGUACUAGUUGUUAAGUCCGUGGUCAAUGUCGUGAGAAAACUUGCCAAGUGGGCUGGCAUCUCGAUCAACCUGCCCAAUGUCGAUGAAUGUGCGGAGGAAUUCAACAAGCCUAAAUCAAAUUUUGCAGUCCUCGAAAUGUCUUUUACAAAUCUUGUUCGAUUCGAAGAUGACCAAGGUGCUAUACAUUACGGCGAUGUUCCCGAGGAUUGCCUCUUAGAUAUCAUCGGGUGCCGAGUACCCAUUCUCGCUGGGGACCCAUUUGAAGAUUCACUACAACUCACGGGUCAACAGGCGGUGGUUUACAAGGUCCUGCCGCCGAUUGAGAGCGUGCCUGUUUUCCUUUGUAUUGGGUUGAAUUAUGCCGAGCACGCGAAGGAAGCAAAUCUUCCAAUACCACCAAGCCCGGUCCUAUUCAUCAAACCAGCCGAUGCUCUCGCCGGGCCACAUGAUCAAAUAGAAAUACCAGAUCAUGCCAAAAUGUUGGACUACGAGGGCGAGCUUUGCUUUAUUGUGAAGCGAGACGCGAAGAAUAUUUCUGCCAGUCAGGCACAGGAGUACAUACUCGGUUACACGGCAGGAAACGACAUUUCAUCUCGGCUAUGGCAGCGUCCUCCUUUGGCUGGGGGACAAUAUUGUUAUGCUAAGGGUUUCGACAAGUUCGCGCCUAUUGGUCCGACAGUGCGACACGCUAGUAAAAUAACCAUGGACAGCGUUAGCCUUCAGACGUUGGUCAACGGCAAAGAGAGACAGAGCACUCUAGCCAGCGAUAUGUUGUUUUCUCCCAGCAAGAUUCUCGAGCACCUUUCCAGCGGCUGCACGGUGCGCAAAGGUACUGUGGUCAUGACGGGAACCCCGAGUGGUAUCGCCGGGCGAAUGAAGGGGGAACCAUGGCUGCGAGAUGGCGAUGUGGUGGAGGUCUGCAUUAGCGGAAUUGGCAAAAUCACGAAUCAGAUUGUGAUGCCCUGCCACAAUCGAUUAUAA